AUGGAUCGCCAUCAGCGCGUCGUUGCGCAAGUCGCGUCCAAAGUCAAAGACUACUUUACGCGCAAAGAAACCUUCCGGAUAUCUCACGGCUCGACAAACAGCACGCGUCCGAAUCUUAAGAAACAUGUCGUAGAUAUCAGCGCUCUUCGAAAUGUCAUACGCGUUGAUACGGAAAGCAAGACAGCUCUUGUCGAGCCAAACGUACCUAUGGAUCGGCUUGUAGAAGCUACGCUACCGCAUGGUCUUGUGCCACCCGUCGUGAUGGAGUUUCCUGGUAUCACCGUUGGUGGCGGGUAUGCGGGUACAGCUGGCGAGAGUAGUAGCUUCAAGUUUGGGUUCUUCGAUCGCACUAUCAAUGAGGUAGAGAUGGUCAUGGCCAACGGUGAAGUCGUCAAAGCUAGCGAGAAGAAGAAUGAGGACCUGUUCAGAGGGGCUGCUGGCGCUGUCGGUACCUUGGGGGUUACUACGCUUGUCGAUUUGAGGCUCAUCGAGGCGAAGAAAUAUGUUAAGACAACAUACUAUCCUACACGUAGCGUUGCUCAAGCCGUCAAGGAGGUCGAAGAUCAUACACGUGGUGAGAAAGGCGAGAGAAACGACUAUGUCGAUGGCGUCUUGUUCAACAAGGAACACGGUGCGAUCGUCACAGGCGAAAUGACAGAUGAUCUGCCACCCAACACCAAGCCGCAGACUUUCAGUAACCCGUGGGAUCCGUGGUUCUAUCUGCAUGUUGAAGCCGCUACACGAAACUCCACCAAGCCAGUGGUGGAGUACAUCCCCUUAGCUGAGUACAUGUUCCGCUACGACCGUGGUGGCUUUUGGGUCGGUCGGUCCGCUUUCAGCUACAUGCGCUUUCCUUUCAACAAGUACACUCGCUGGUUCCUGGACGACUUCCUCCAUACGCGCAUGCUUUACCGAGCCCUUCAUGCGUCCGGGAUUGCGACACGAUACAUUGUCCAAGACAUGGCUUUACCCUACCCCAACGCCGAAAAGUUCAUCGACUAUACCGACAAGGAAUUCGGAAUCUGGCCUCUUUGGCUCUGCCCGUUGAGGCAAAGCCCCCAACCGACUAUGCAUCCUCACACCAAAGGCUCGCUGAAGUCAGACCAAAUGCUCAAUAUUGGUCUUUGGGGGUUUGGUCCUAAAGACCCUGUCACCUACUUGCAGAAGAAUCGCGCGCUCGAGAAGACGCUUGGCGAGAUGGGCGGUAUGAAGUGGCUGUAUGCGCAGACCUACUACAGCAAAGAUGACUUUUGGGCGCAAUUCGAUCGCAAGUGGCACCAAGGGUUGAGGAAGAAGUACAAUGCGGAGAUGCUGCCUGAGGUGUAUGACAAAGUGCAUGUCGAUAUCGAAAAGUAUACGAGUAUGGCAAGCAAGGAUAUGGGUUUGAAGCUGAGAGGCAUCUGGCCAUUAGGCGGAUUUUGGGGCAUCUGGAAAGCGAUCCAAAGCAAAGACUAUAUGAUCGCGCGUAACUCUACGUGGAGGUCGAGAAGCUGA